GGCAUAGAACAGCGGGCCUGUGUAGCCGCUACGCCAGCACGCGCAACUGGCACAGUCAAAGCACCGGAAUUCCGCUGCCAAGCUGCGCUCUCCAGGCCUUCCUCGCUCAGUUAUGGUUGUUGUUCCACUAAAGGCAGCACUGGAGGCAGCAUCGUAGUUAUUAUCAGUUGUCAGCCAGAGCACGGUGCCGAGAGCCAAUGCUAUGCGCGCGAACCACUCACGUCUCCUAUACAGGGACAGCGAGCGCGCUGUACUGCAUUAAGGCUUGAUUUGGGGACUAUCAGGACUGCAAGGUCAGGCGCAGCGGGCCAGUUGGGCUCCAACCAAGCUCAGCCAGCGGGCGCGGCUCAGAGCGCGCUCAGCCAAUUUGCACCCACACUCGCUCCCCAGCCGGCAAACUAGGCAUCAAUCAAUGCUGUGUAGUAAAAAUCAUUUGUUUAGGCAUCUUGCGCAGCCAGAUGCUUCAAAUUUGGGGGCGGGCACCAGUGGCCAGCGGGCGCGGCUCUCCGCGCGCUCAGGUGUCGCGGCCCCCAAUCCUUCGUGUUUGCCACUCCCGCCACUCGCAAACUGCUUGAAUGCAUUAAAAAGAUACAUAUCAGCGUUUCAGUGCAUCGGUUCGGCGUUUACAGCGUCAGCUGCUGUUGCCAACCGGUGCGGUUGGCAACCCCCAAAGCAAUUUGCGACAGCAGCGGAAGUCACGUCCCUAAUAGUUACAAUGAUAAACUACAUAAAUAAAGAGCGCAACACGAUGCGAUGUAGCCAUAUCUGAAAUGGUAUCUAGGACUGCAGCGGAGCAGGCAAUUCGAAAGCACGCUCAGGGGAGGACAUUAAAAGGCUUGUUGGGCUUCCUUCAGGACCAAAGUGACGACCAACUGAGCCAGUGGAUCAUCCGGGACGUACAUGGGGAUGAAGCCAUCUUCUCCUAUUUCCGGCUUAGGGCGGCGAGAGAUGGCAACAUAAGCGUGCACACGGACCAGGGCGACGGCGACCAGCUGGUCGCGUCAGUCGCCUGCUGGUGGCCCGCCUGCUGGCUCAAGUCCGUGGUACCCAUGUGGCAAGUGCGGGAAGACGAGGGCAGCCGGCAGCAGCAGCAGGAGCAGCAGCAGCACCAAAACGCGUGCACCAUGCCCGCUGCUGCAGCCCCGCACUCGGCGUCCGUGGACGACACGCACACUCCUGCCGCCACCAGCCCUGGCCUCAGCCCCAGCUGCUUCCAGCCUCCCCCCUCCCAGCACCUGUCCGCCUGCCGUCAGCGCCGCUCACAACGUGCCGGUCCCCAAUAACCGACGCUGGGCUUGUCCUAGUCCUGCGGCUGCUGACACUACUAGCGCAAACCAAGAGCAACAGGGAGAAGUGUGCGGCGCUGGCGCACAAGCUGGCGUGGUGGCGGGGCUGGCUGGAGUGCCGCGCAGAGCUGGGCGGCCGUUUCCGCUGAUGCUCGCUGGGUUCAUCACCCGCUUUCGGCCAAUGAUUGGUCACAACGCCGGAGGGCUGCGCAUGCGGGCGCAUGCCGAGUUGCAGAGCAUUGGCCGAAAGCGGGUGAUGAACCCAGCGAGCAUAAGCUAAAACGGCCGCCCAGCUCUGCGCUGCACUCCAGGCAGCCCCGCCAUCACGCCAGUUUGUGCACCGGCGCCGCGCCCUUCUCCCUGUUGCUCGUGAUGUUUUGCGCUAAUGUCAGCACCCGCAAGACCAGGGCGAGCUCAGCGCCUGUUGGGGACCGGCGCGUUGGGACCAAGCGUUGGCCCAAAGCUGAUGAUGGGCUACGUGUGGGGGCGGCUGCAGGUCUUGAGCGUUAUUUGCGGGGUCGGGUUGGGUCGGGUUGCAGCGCACUGCUGGCGGCGGGUGUGCGCGCCCGCCGGGUGGCCAGACGUCGACGACCUGCUAUUUCAUCAUGACGAUGCGGGCGGCGGUGAGGUUCUGUUGGCCCUGGUGGGUGGUAGGGCGAGGGCCAGAGGUCGUGCCGCGGGUCGGUGGCUGUAGUGCGCAGGGCAGGAUGCAAAUAGCUACGCAAGAGAGUGUGCGUGGCGUGCAGACCCCUUGUAUGAGUAGCUUGGGCACAACGACAUGCGUGUCUACUGCAAGCGUAAACACAUUAGAAGGUAAAUUCGAAGCGACAUGGCUUUGGCGGCAGUGCGGCAGUGCGGACGGCGGGCGGCUGUUUGAUUCGGGAUGCUGUGUAAUGGGGUUACGGGCUUACGGCGUGACGCGUGUGCACUGGCGCAGGAAAAGUUACGCAAAUUGGUGUUUCAUUACUACUACUGCGACGCAAAGACAUGAGGGCUAGUAUGUCGAAGUGGUGAUGAUGCCCCGGUACAUCUGCUACUGUAGCAUUGUAAUGAACUCGGCGUGCGGUCCGCCAUUUAAAGUGCUCGACGCAGUGGCUGGCGGCCUGGCGGGCACGAGCUGAGCAGGCGCAGAGCCGCGCACGGCUAUCUGGGGCGGGCUAUGGGGAGCCCUCCCGAGUAGGGGCAGGCGAGACUUGGGACUGUUGCGGCGGGCACGGACGCAGUAGGGUUUUGCACGGACGCGGCGUUUCCGUAGUGAUGACGUGAUGGGGAGCUCGUGAUGGAACAUGGCAAGGGGCAGGAAAGCGUAGUCCCGAUGUGUGUGGCUCCCACCCGUGCCCACAUAAAUGCGUAGCAAGAAGGGACAAGGCAUUGGUGCGUCGUUCGCGCGCUGUUACUGUACCGACGGUAGCUGGCAGAAGCUUGCAUGGGCUGACGUCUGUCCAUGAUUCGUCAAUGCCUGGGCUGGGUGCACUUUGUUCCUCGAUCAGCGAUGUCCCAUCGCGCCUGGCAGACCAAUAGCGGAUUAUCGCCCUCGUGCCGACCAUUCGUUGGUUCUUUCUCCCGUGGUGGCCUGAAUUACAAGUUUACCUGAGUUCGCCUGCCUUGCUGACUUCUCUUGAGUGCCCGCGUCAGCGCAGCACGAUUCGAUGUAGCCAUAUCUGAAAUGGUAUCUAGGACUGCAGCGGAGCAGGCAAUUCGAAAGCACACCCAGGGGAGCACAUUAAAAGGCUUAUUGGGCUUCCUCCAGGACCAAAGUGAUGACCAACUGAGCCAGUGGAUCAUCCGGGACGUACAUGGGGAUGAAGCCAUCUUCGCCUAUUUCCGGCUUAGGGCGGCGAGAGGUGCGUGGCUUGGAUUUGGCGUCAGCGAGUCGCCGAGCAUCUUACAUGCGCCCGGCGUCUUUACUUCAUUCCUUCUCGCUGCAAGGGCGUGCUUAGUGGUCUAGCUGCUCGUUUUGCCUAGCUCCCCGGCUCCCCGGCAGCCUAGUCCUUGGCGACUUAGUCCUUGGCCGGAGGUUGGGCGUGCUGUGUGUUCGUGUGUCCAAAGCUGGUGGCACCUCUGAUCGCGUGCGCAUUCGCGCUUUGCCCUCUUGCGGCUUUCCCCACCACCUACGUGUGAUUCCAGAUGGCAACAUAAGCUUGCACACGGACCAGGGCGACGGCGACCAGCUGGUGUCAGCACCCGCAAGACCAGGGCGAGCCCAGCGCCUGUUGGGGACCGACGCGUUGUGAACAAGCGUUGGCCCAAAGCUGAUGAUGGGCUACGUGUGGGGGCGGCUGCAGGUCUUGAGCAUGAUUUGCGGGCGCGGGUCGGGUCGGGUUGCAGCGCACUGCUGGCGGCCGGUGUGCGCGCCCGCCUGGUGGCCAGACGUCGACGACCUGCUAUUCCAUCCUGACCAUGCGGGCGGUGGUGAGGUUCUGUUGGCCCUGGUGGGUGGUAGGGCGAGGGCCAGAGGUCGUGCCGCGGGUCGGUGGCUGUAGCGCGCAGGGCAGCAGGUGGUGCAGCUGAUGCGGUGUGGUGCUGUGGUGGUGUGCGGUGGGUGGACACGACGUGCCUACCUGCCUUCUGAGGGGCGCCUGGUGGGCUCGCUCGAGAAUGGGCAGGCCAACACAAGCUGGCAGUGCACCCCGCGUACGUACGGCAUGUGCGGCGGUACGACAAGUAAUAAGCUCACCCGCUGGGCACUCGUGUCUGGCAUGCAUUUGUGCGCUGGGGCCGUGGGACUUGAGGUAGGCUAGGGUUUCAUCAAAUGAAGGCGCCGUCCGAAAGCUGCGCGUGUGUAUGUUAGUGUGUUCGGGAGCAGGAUGCAAAUACGCAAAAGGUGUGCGUGGCCCCUUGUAUGAGUAGCUUGGGCACAACGACAUGCGUGUCUACUGCAAGCGUAAACACAUUAGAAGGUAAAUUCGAAGCGACAUGGCUUCGGCGGCAUUGCGGCAGUGAGGACGGCGGGCGGCUGUUUGAUUGCGGAUGCUGUGUAAUGGGGUUCCGGGCUUACGGCGUGACGCGUGCGUGUGCGCCGGCGCAGGAAAAGUUACACAAAUUCGUGGUUCAUUACUGCGACGCAAAGACAUGAGGGCUAGUACCGUAUGUCGAAGUGAUGAUGAUGCCAUACAUCUGCUACUGUAGCAUUGUAAUGAACUCGGCGUACGGUCCGCCAUUUAGAGUGCUUGACGCAGUGGCUGGUGUGCAUGAGCUCAGCAGGCGCAGAGCCGCGCACGGCUAUCUGGGGCGGGCUAUGGGGAGCCCUCCCGAGUAGGGGCAGGCGAGACUUGGGACUGUUGCGGCGGGCACGGACGCAGUAGGGGUUUGCACGGACGCGGCGCUUCGUUCCGUAGUGAUGACGUGAUGGGGAGCUCGUCCAUGAUGCAUGGGAACGCGGGCUGGCUCUUAUGUGGUUGGCUGUAUACAGUUGGAAGCUGCGCGGCAGUGCAUUGGCAGCCCAAAAGCACUCACGGUGAUGGUCUUAUUAUCCCCC